UGAAGCCCUUCUCCACCCCCUGUAGGCCAUACUUGGCCACCUCGUCCAGCCGGGCCUUGUGCACCACCUCACGCAGACCCAGCAGCCGAUGCUGCCCGCCAUCCUGCCCCGCAUCGGUGGCGAAGCACUGCAGGGGCCGCUUGGACACCUUGGCGCGCUUCGCUCCCGGCUCCUCCUCAUCCUCAUCCCCCUGCUGCUGCUGCUGCUGCUGCUCAUGCCUCGUCCCGCCCACCACCUCCCUGUUGCUGCUGGCCUUGUACACCGCCGAAUGGAUGAAGUGCUCCGCCGCCGCCCACACACGCCGGGCCAUGUCGCUGUGCCGCACACCGAUGGCCUCCUCUGUGAUGGCCUCCUUGGCGGUAUCCAUGUCGAAGAGGUAUGACGCGAUGCGCCAUGGGAGGGGGGAGAGGGGCAGCAGGUGGGCGAGGAGCGCGGCAAAUGUGCGGUGGGGGCGGAGGGCCGCGCUGACGGCCGUCAUGACGUCGUCCCGCAGCUCAUUCAGCACCGUCGCGUACUCGGCCAGCACCAGCUGUCGGCUGCCGCGGUCCUCCUCUGUGGCCGUGGGGAUGCGAUUGAUGUCGGCACCCGCCCGCAGCAGCGAACGGAUGAUCAACUUGUACUUGUCACACUCCGCCCGGCGCUCCUCCUUGGUCUGAUCGGGCGUGUCCGGGUCCUGCUGUUGGCUGAGCCAAUACAGCUCCUGGGCAGCGAGGGCGAGGGGUGUCCGAUUCAAGGCGUCCUGGGUGUCGAUCUGGUCAGCGGGCAGCUUGCGGCAGAGGUACUUGGCGACAUAGGGAGAGCCGCAUGCCACCGCCAUGUCCAGCGGCGUCUGCCCACGGUCGUCGGCUGCCGUCAUGUCGGCGCCGUUCGCGGUGAUCAGGUUCAGGUAGCUGUCGAUGAAGGGCUGGGGAUAGUGCCCCCGUGCGAAGAUGGCUGCCACGUGCACCAGAUUCAGGCCCUGUCCGUCGCAGUUGUUGCUUGUGUCUUGGUCUCCUUCGGUGGCGAGGGUGGGGUCUCGGUCGAUGAGGCGCUCAUACAUCGACAUGAGCAGCUGCAGAUACGCGGGAGGAGGGUCGCGCAGCGUACGGGGCAGCUUCAUCACCAUUGCUCCGCGCAGGUCGAUGUCGUCCCGCUCCAUCAGCAGGUAGGAUGCCGCCUCAUUGCCACAUCGGAUGGCCACACAGAUGGGCCUGGCGUCCUCGUCGUCAUGAUCAUUGCCCUUGGCGUUGAUAUCGGCGCCUCCGCUGAUGAGUGCGGUCAUGAUGCCCUCCUGCAGCCCAGCAGACGACCACUGCGGCAGGACGACACGACGCUCAGCAAACCCCUCAUCAUCAUCCUCAUCAUCACCAGGCACAUGCGCCUCGAUGGGCAGGAUGCAGCUGUCGGACUUGUCCUGGAUGGCGAGACUCAGCAGCGGGUAGGCAUUGCCAGACGUCUCGCAGCCCUUCUCCCGCAGCUUCGGCGCGACACUCGGAUCGGCGCCCUGUUCGGUGAGGUCGGCCGCUUGCUGUUGGCUUGUGAUGGUGCGGCCGAUGAUGCGCCGGGUCAGCUCCUUGGUUUCGUCGGUGGUGUCGUAAGGAAAUCGGGCCUCGAUGUCAGUAGGGCCCAGACAGCCCUCAGGUACAGCAGCGGGGGUGCCCGCCACGACCUCAACACUGACCCCUGCCGCACACAGCCACCACACCACACGACGGGCAGAGUGAAUGUGAGCGGGCAUUGCGACCUCUUUCGUGUGAGUCUGUCUGUCUGUCUGUCUGUCUGCUGGCGUACCGUCCUCCUCAUAGCCGUCGUCGGAUAUGUCGCUGUCUGAGUCACUGUCGGCCUCAGCCACGUCGUCGUCAUCACCAUCCCCACCCUCCUGCAUACCAUCCUGACACCACAAAGGGCAAAGGAAAGGAAUACGUGACGGACAUCGCACCGACUCGUGUUGGUGUUCAUGAGUGCCUCACCGAUUCGCUAUCUUCCCCCUCGUCAGCCAUCCCGCCGUCGCGCUCCUCCUCCUCCUCCUGCUGCUGCUGCUGCUGCUGCUCGUCUAAACGCACAGACACACAUCGACACGUGUGCGACACAGACACAGACAUGGUCACGGUGCUGGUGGUGUGUUGAUUGGUUUGUGUGGCAUGCUCUCACUCACCGCAGUCGAUGCCAUUGCGAUUGUUUUCCUCUAAUGGUCCGCCGCCGCCGCCUCCGCGCCCCUCGUCGUCUACGUCGCCUGCAAACACAAGGAAACGAACAUACACACACACACAGACACAGAGUGCAGUGAGAGGCGAUGCUGCAUGUGUGUGUCUGUGUCAUCUGCAUUUGUUUGGAAUGUACCUCCAUCGCUAUCGCCGUCGGCAUCGUCACAGCCAGACAUGGCUCAAACGCACAGCAACAGCUGCAUUCACCUCACAGACAGAGAGAGAAGGGACGGGCAUGCUGCUGGUGCAGGUGCUGCAUUGUGUGUGUUUGCCCACCCGCUAUGAGCCGAUAGAUGGCUUCAAGUUGGCUGUACAGCAAACUCUCAAUCACCCCACCCCGUCGGCAAGGCAU